AUGGAGCUCCGUCCACUCCGUGUGAUGAUCUUGCUUAUUUCACUUAUCCGAGUCGGACAAGCUCAAGCAGUGUUUAAACCAGUUCUGUCUGUGGAGCCGAAUUCACCUCAAAUAUUCAGAGGAGCGACGGUUACACUCACAUGUAGGAUUUCAGGAGGAAAUGGACCGUACUACUGGUACAAAGAUGAUGAUAAUGUUCACAGUUCUGCUGAAAAUUACUACACUAUAAAUGUAGGUCAGAGUCACAAAUACAGAUGUUACGGGUCUGUUGAUGGACGGACAACAACAGGGAGUAAUGAAGUGACUCUCUCAGUGAUAGAGAGACCAAAAGCCGUUCUGACUCUGCAGCCUGAUGGACCGAUAUUCAGUGGACAGGAAGUCACUUUCACAUGUGAAAUACGAGGACAUGUAGAGACUGAGUGGAUGUACAACUGGUAUAAAGAUGGUGUCCAAAUAUCCUCCUCUGUUGAGAACAGUAAAUAUUUAUUCAUUGCUGCAGAGUCUCUUAGAGCUAAAUACACCUGCAGUGGAUGGAGAAGAAGCGACUCUCAGACCUCAGAGACCAGCAACGCUGUUACACUCACUGUGUCAGAAAAACCCAAACCGACUGUGAGAGUGAGUCCUCAGAGCUCCGUCUACACUGGAGACAGAGUUACUCUGAACUGUAAUCUGCUGUCUAAUGGAUGGACUUUUCUCUGGUACAAAGAUCGAGUCCAAGUAGCUGAAGACACCGACACACUCCAUGAUACAGUCUCUAAUGCAGGAGAAACAGUGUAUCAGUGUAAAGCACGCAGAGGAAACUACGACUCAGAGCUCAGUGAUACAGUUACAGUUACAGUUAGAGCGCUCCCAAAACCUGUGGUGUCCAUAAAUCCUGAUGUACAGGUGUACAGAGGAGAGACUGUCACUCUCAGAUGUGACAUACAGGAUGAAGAGGACUCUGACUGGAUCUACAGCUGGAAUAAAGAUGGUUCUGGUGUCAGUAGUGAACAGGAGUACAGAAUCAGGAGUGCUGAAACAUCUCAUGCAGAAAAAUCUAAACCUGAACUCACACCAAGUCGUGAAGGAGCUGUACUGAAAGGAAACUACGUGAUUCUGUUCUGUACACUGAAGCUGCAGUCUGCUGGAUGGAAGUUUUACUGGAUCAAACCCACACAGAGCACUGAGACUGAGACUGAGACUGAAACAGACUACUACACUAGCACAUACAGUGCAGUUAGAAUCUCUGAUGGGGGUCAGUACAGGUGCAGAGCUGGAAGAGGAAACCCAGUCUACUUCACACAUUACAGUGAUGCACUCUGGGUAAAUGUUACUGAGAGUCCUAAAGCUGUGGUGACCAUAAAGCCUGAUAAACAUGUGUUCAGAGGAGAGACUGUGACUCUCAGAUGUGAAAUACAGGGAGGAGGAGACACUGAGUGGACAUACAGCUGGUAUAAGAAAGAUUACACACUCUACCCAUACCCCACAACACAGGAGUUCAGCUUCAGCUCAGUUAGAAAUGAUAACAGUGGUAAAUACACCUGCAGAGGGAGGAGAAGUGACUCUCAGAGAUCAGAGAUCAGCAAUGCUGUUACACUCACUGUAUCAGAUGCAGCAGAGGCAGUAGUGAGUGUGUCUCCACUGCGCUGGCUGACUGAAGGAGACUCAGUGACUCUAAGCUGUGAGGUUAAACACUCCUCUACAGGCUGGACAUUCAGCUGGUACACAGAGGUUCCCUCCAGAGACAGUCAGGGUUCCCUCAGGUACAGUACAGCGCUCCUCUCAGACAGCAGCAGAGGAUCUGGAGGCUCCUACACUCUCAGUCCUGUUACUGUGAAUCACACAGGAGUUUAUAUGUGCAGAGCAGAGAGAGGAGAAUCAGUCUUUCACACACAGUUCAGCAACCUACAGCCACUGUGCAUCACUGGUGAAUCUCCUCCAGUGUCUCUGAUCAUCAAUCCCAGCAGAACUCAACACUUUACUGCUGACUCUCUCUCACUGAGCUGUGAGGACCAGAGUGACUCUACUGGAUGGACAGUGAGAGGAUACACACACCGUGAGACAGUGUCUGAUUGUUCAUCAGUUUCAGGAUCUACAUGUAACAUCAGCUCCCUCUCUACAUCACACACUGGAGUUUACUGGUGUCAGUCUGAAUCUGGAGGACGCAGUAAUCCUGUCAACAUCACAGUGCACAAUGGUCAUGUGAUCCUGGACAGUCCUGUCCAUCCUGUGACUGAGGGACAUCCUCUGACUUUACAUUGUUUAUCUCGCAACUCAAGGACCUCAGAUUCUGGUAUUGAUUUCUAUAAAGAUGGUUCAGUCCUGCAGAACAAGACUACAGGAGAGAUGACCAUCAGUACUGUGUCAAAGUCAGAUGAAGGUUUCUACCACUGUAAACACCCAGAGAGAGGAGAGUCACCGAAAAGCUGGGUUUCAGUCAGAGACUCAGGGUCUGGAUCCAGUAUUGAUAUAGUAUCUGUGGCUGUGGGACUGAGUUUGGCCUUGUUGUUCAUCAUCCUUUUACUGAUCCUGCUUUGGUGGCACAAAUCCAACAAAGGAAAGGACAGAGACGUACAGCAGAACAGCAAUCAGACACCAGGCCAGAACCCGGGUCAGUCAGGAGCUGAGGAUUCUCAGUCAGCAUACAUACCACUUCAGACCGGAAAUGUACACAUUUAUGCCACUGUGGAGAACGCAAGUAAAAGUGACGCUGCAGCUGAACCCAGUGGGGCCAUUUACACAAAGGACAUGAAGAAAAAGGAGCCACACAACAAUAAAAAUGAUGAUGCUGGACCCAGUGACGUGACUUACACUGAGCUUGAACUCAAGCCACAGAAAAAAACAAAGAAAAAUCAAGUGAAGGCCAGUGUAGAGUAUGAAACUGUUUACUCACUGCUGAAGCAGAACACAUAGGUGCUGGAGGAGUGAGUACAAAGCUGAGAGAGAAGAAAGAGAGAAGUUCAUCAUGUGUGCAUUGACAGUAAAAUCGGCAUGAGAUUGGCUUGUACAGGUUCUUUGCACUUUUUUGGCUUAAAAUGUGUGUGUGCGCGCGUGCAGGGGGGGUUAAGAAUCUGUGUAUUAGCAGGGUGUAUUUUAUUGAUUACUUGCUCCACUAUUAGGACUGGUUGUAAAGCAAAAGGAUUUAGUAGUAAUAGUAAGAGUAAUAAGUCAAUGUGACUGAACUUUUAUUCUUGAAAAUGUAUUUUUCACUCAUGUGAGGGGCUUCAUCAUGUCAUCUGUGUGCAGUUCACACCUACAGAACUGAAAGUCCUUAAGAUCACAUACAGAGAUGCACUGAUGUAUUUUCCACCACACGGUACAGCCACACUCUGCAGCCUACAGUUAAAAAGAUCAUGUAUCAUUUUAUCAUAUUACUUUAUGGUUUCAUUUUAUUAAGUAUUAUUAAGCAAUACUUUAAAUAAAUGCAUGCAGAUUUCACAAACCACAACAAGAUGAAUAUCAUAACAAUCCCUGUAGAUGGAACAUUUAUGCAUUUAACUGCCAAAUUCUACAUUGCAAAGCAAAAGAAAAACUAUCUAAACAUUAAAUUGUUCCUUUUUUAAGCAAGCUUGUUUUCUACUUAAUCAACACAGAUUGUGAAAAGUACAGAGAUGGUUAGAUUGAAGGUAUCCAAAAUUACUUCCACAUAAGAAACAAAUGCCAAACAUGUAUGUCUUUGGUUGCUGAAUAGUAAGAAGGCCUAAACUCCACCAAAUGCACCAAAUGUAAUAAUGCACUGUAACAAGCCCAUUCAAUAAUUAAUUCUUAUGCAUCAUUACUGUUGUACUAUACAAGAAUAAUAACUACAAGUAUUGCAGUAUAAAUAAUCAACUCUGUUUCUCAUUAAUAUUUUUAAGUCUAGCAAUACUGUACAUCUGCAGCAAACCGAUUACAAACAGAGGUCUAUUUGUUAAAAAUGUGGCCGAAGCUAAACGGAGAGCAUGAAAAAUUUCAUCAGGAAAUAUUUUAUCAAUCCUGGAUCACACAGACUAGCAACAAAGUCUACUGUAAGAUUCAAGUACACAUUCAAAAACAAACAAAAUGCUUUCAUGUAUUUUCUGUAUAAAAAGGGGGUCAUUUUGUUACUUUUAUACUUAUUUUACAACAGUGCCAUCUUCUGGCUAUAAUUAAUUUGAUAAUCUGUUUGAAAAUGUACAUUUUUAAUUCAUGUCUUAAAUUUGUUGUAUUUUGUGGAUACUAUAGCUAUGAAUAUCAUUUUUUUUUCUUUCUUUUUUUCAUUCAUUUUUAUAUUUUCCUUUAAAUCUACACAUCCUCAAAACCAUUCUUGGAUCUGUUCCUCCAAUAAACUUUGACAAGGACAA